AAAUUUUAUGUUGGAACCCCUCAGAGUUUAGUAGACUUGAAUUAGGAGUUCCACUGACCGCAUACCCUAUUUGCUUUUCCGUCCGCGAAGCCAUUCUUUGUGAGAACUGGAGCAGCUAUACUGUACAUGUGUGAUGGCGACAAUACCCUACGAAUAGAGCCCUAUUCAUUAUAUCUUUACGAUACAAUUUCCCCUUUAAAUUGCAUUACUUAUUUCGUCUUCUCUUAUUUAUUUUUUUCCUUUCGCCGGUCUGAAAUCGCUAUGCUAGAGCGAUGCGCUCCUCAUUGUGCUGGAAGAAAUCGGCGGUAGUAGAGUGUCCCUUGUUUAAUCAAACUGUUGAAACUUAUUUAAGUGUUUUCCUCGCAAGUUUACACAUCCCUUAGUUGUGCAUUACCCACCAAUUUCCUACUUGGACUCAAAAUCUUCGGCUGACAACAUGAAUAACAAUUCAACUACGUCGGAAUUUAUCAAAAUGACUUCGAUUUCUGAAGGAACAGCGGUAAAAACAGAUAUUCAUGGCAUUUACCGUUUCGGCGGAAGAUUCAAAUCAGUUCUCCUCAGAUGGAAAAGAAGUGUAUAUCAACUCAUUUGGAAACAUAUGCUCAUCUAUGCAAUAGUCUAUGUAUCGCUAAGCAUCCUCUAUCAGUUCAUCCUCAAUGAAGAUGGGAAAAAGGAUUUUAGGGUACUAGCAGAACAUUGCACUGGCUACUCCCGCAGUCUCAACAUAAUGAUUGUUCUGGGAUUUUUCACGUCAACAACUAUGCAGCGCCUAUUUAAUAUGCAAAUCACGAUACCUGGAACGGCCAAGUCAAUUACCAUGUUCAUCCUAUCAUUAAAACCAGAUUUACCAGAGGGGCCCAUGAUUAUCGAACAGUACGCUCGGUGGCAAAUCCUAUCAUGGGUCUUUACAUUUCGCCUCGUUUGCAAACCUCUGUCUAAGAUCUAUCCAGAUCUUGCGUCGUUACAAACUGCAGGAUUGUUAACACAAGAAGAGAAGGAGAUCAUGGAAAAUCCAGAAUUGACUAACCCGAAUACACCACGUCCUCUGGUUGUUAUAGAUUGGAUAUUGCUGCUGUUGAAGGAGACAUUUUUAAAAGGUCAAUACUUUGCCGAAAUAAAUUACAUGAGAAACGUGGAUGUAGUAAUGGCAUUCAAAAAGAGUUGCGGCAAUACGAUCAAAUUUGCCACACAAAACAUUUCGCCAGCUCUCAUUCAGGCUGUCAUUCUAGCGGUCUAUGGAUUCGGUUGCAUCACACUGAUGGCUCGAAAUUUUAGCAAAGAAGAAGCACCCCUUUCUAAUGCUAUGAUUGCCUACAUCCCACUCAUGCCCGGACUGCAGGUAAUUAAGAAACUAAUGACGUUCGUUUCCUUUCACCCAACCACACAACAUUCUUUCGUUUCGUUAAUGAACAUCCGCAGUUCUUCAUUUACUUUGCCUGGCUUUGUUUUGGGAGAGCUGCAGUCGAUCCUUUCGGGGAUGACGAAGACGAUAUCAAUGUCAAACAGCUCGUACAAUCACACAUCGAGGAUUCCAUAAGGCUGAAGGUCAUUUACAAUCAAAAGCUACGAGAUCUUUUUCCAAAUUUUGCAAGUCGUCCACAAACUGUACUGUAAAAAAAGAGAACCCCUUUUAACGCUAUCAACGGACUCUAUGCGCCAAAUGAUUUUGCCUCGUAGUGACAAAUAUUUGAACUGGUAAAUUAAAGGAAUAAUUCUUAUAUUUCCUUUCAAUUUUACAGUUUUCCGGAUAUAACUUGUCUAAUGUGAGAAGCGAGUGCAAUUAAGAUGCAACUAUUUGAACGGCAUCGGUUUUCAAUUGAAGAUAAAAUUCUGUUUUAAACAAAAAUUUUAAUUUCAUUACGCCGUUUAAAAAUUCGGAAACGCACAGGGCCAAAGUGGAAAUAAAGAAAUUCUUCGAUACCGUAA